AUAAAUAGGUGUUGGCCUAUUCCCUUGGGCUAGGUACCUUGGUUCAGAAUGAGACACGUCUCAAGCUACACAUGAAAGCAGAACUAGAGCACAAUGAUACACCAUAUGGAAUGAUUGUGGUAACAGGUCGAUAUCCUUACCCAGGUCCUCCUCAAGACAAUGCUGUAUGGAUGAUGGGCAACCCUAACUGGGCCACCAUUAACAUGCACCUUGGAGAGGAUGUCAACCAGGCUUUACAGGUGGGAAUAAAGGCAAUAGAGCAUUAUCGUUCUGUAGUCAAUGAUGAGUGGAAUGUAGUUGGUAUAAUGGGUGGUCUGGGAUAUGGUGCAGAUGGUAUGCCUUACAUCACCAGCCAUUAUGGCUACUUCAUGUCCUCAUGGCACAUGGUGAUGGCACUGUCUGGUCAGAAAGCUAACAUGUCAGAAAAAUCACUAACAUUUGAUCCAAAACUUGACCCUCCAUUUGUAUUACCUGUACUGCUACCUGGAGUCUGGGGCUAUCUCCAAAACAGCCGAUACCAGGUGGGCACUGACUCAAAGGUGUCUUAUUCACUCGUCCUGCACUUUGGUUCCCUGGAGCUAUCACAUCUCUCAGUAGCUGAUUGUGUUCAUCCUGAUAGUUCCAUCAAUGUUGUAAUACAACAGAUCACGUCAUGGAGCUGCCCCUAUACUCAAACAGUUAAUUAAACCUAUAGCAUACAGGCUGAUAAAUAUGUUGUGCUGUUUCGUAUUAAAUUUUUGUUGCAACAUUGUUUCAACUAUAUUGUUAUCAAUA